AUGGCACUCGUGCACAGGGAGGAGGAAAUACUACAUCAGAGAUCGAUGACACACUACCUUGAUCUCCAGCAAAGCCUGCAGGCACUCACGGAUCUGGCUAAGUUCCUGCCACAAGCCAGAGUGGCUCCUCUGCAGAGAGACACAGAGACAUGUCUAGACCGCAAUAAAAAGCGGCAUCUGAGAGACAGCGCUAUACCUGCUGCAUUACAAGUCCCAGAGACUGAAAACGCAUCACUCUGCAGCGAGUCACUGACUACUGAGACAUUCUCAAGAAGCCGCCCUAUAUCUCAGUCACCUGGGAGAGCAGCUAAUAUUGGGACACACUUUGCCUUCCCUCAGGACUCUUCUAGGCAUGACCUGGGGAAGACGCCCAAAGGAGACUCAAUAAUAUACAAAACUGGUUGCGAUUCACUGUAUUGUGUUACCCAGGUCUCCCCCACAUUCCUGACAGUGCCCACACAAUGUGAGAAAAUCCUCAAAUUGAAGUCAAAUCUUUUAAAACACCAGAAAAUUCACACUGGUGAGAAGCCUCACACAUGUGCAGAGUUUGGCAAAUGUUUUAUACAAAUGACAAAACGUAUAGGUCAUGAGACGAACCACACAGGAGAAAAACCUUUCACAUGUACAGAGUGUGGAGUACAGUUUUCACGAAAGAUUCACACAGGAGAACAGUCUUUCACGUGUACAGAAUGUGGAAAAAGUUUUACAGUAAAGAGUAAUCUGAAACGUCAUGAAAGGAUCCACACAGGAGAAAAGUCUUUCAAAUGUACAGAGUGUGGAAAAAGUUUUGCAGUACAGAGUAAUCUGAAAAGUCAUGAAAAGAUCCACACAGGAGAAAAGUAUUUCAAAUGUACAGAAUGUGGAAAAAGUUUUACACAAAAGAGUAAACUGAAAACUCAUGAAAGGAUUCACACAGGAGAACAGCCUUUCACUUGUAAAGAGUGUGGAAAAUGUUUUACAGUAAAGAAUAAUCUGAAAACUCAUGAAAGGAUUCACACAGGAGAAAAGCCGUUCACGUGUACAGAAUGUGGAAACAGUUUUACAGUAAAGAGUAAUCUGAAACGUCAUGAAAGGAUCCACACAGGAGAAAAGUCUUUCAAAUGUACAGAGUGUGGAAAAAGUUUUACAGAAAAGAGUAAACUGAAAACUCAUGAAAUGAUUCACACAGGAGAACAGCCUUUCACUUGUAAAGAGUGUGGAAAAGGUUUUACAGUAAAGAGUAGUCUGAAAGAGCAUGAAAGGAUUCACACAGGAGAAAAGUCGUUCACGUGUACAGAGUGUGGAAAAGGUUUUACAGUAAAGAGUAAUCUGAAAAGUCAUGAAAAGAUCCACACAGGAGAAAAGCCUUUCAAAUGUACAGAAUGUGGAAAAAGUUUUACAGAAAAGAGUAAACUGAAAACUCAUGAAAGGAUUCACACAGGAGAAAAGCUGUUCACAUGUACAGAGUGUGGAAAAAGUUUUACACAAAUAAGUAGUCUGAAAUCUCAUGAAAGGAUUCACACAGAAGAAAAGCUGUUCAUGUGUACAGAGUGUGGAAAAAGUUUUACACAAAAGAGUAAUCUGAAAAAGCAUGAAAUGAUUCACACAGGAGAAAAGCCUUUCACAUGAACA